GUAAUUUUAAUUAUUUUGGCUGUUCAGCUCUGUUCUCUCUCUCUCUCUCACUCUACUCUCCACUUCCAUAAAACGAUCUCCCAUCAAUCCAAAACCCCUACUUUUCCGAUAAACCCCCCAAAACGUUUCCAUUUCCGAGAAAAUCUUCCUCAACAUUUUCCUGCCAGCCAAACGCCCAACCUUUCCAUGCUCCAAUGGACACCCGCCGAGUCGCGCGCACAGUAAUCGACCCCAAGGUCCGCAAGGUCGGGUUCUUCACCCCCGGGGCCCCACCGGACCGGUCACUCUCUGGCCCGCCCGACCCGAUCACCUCCUCCUCCGCGUCCUCCCCGCCGAUCUCUGACCUCCCCCCCUCCGGCAACUCCCUCUCUCCGGUCAUGAUCCCUCCGCCACGUCACUCCUCCGCCGACACCGUCCUCCUCUCCUCUUCCCGUCCGGUUCCGCCCUCCCCUCUCCGCCGGGAUUCCCUCACCUCCGCCGGUUGCAUCCACAACCCCUCUGAGUUCUUCCCCUCCUCAUCCCCGACGGCACCGUCCUCCUACGCUGGCAGGGUGGUCGAGUUCCCCGACGACCCCAGGGGAAAUUCGGUAAAAGUGGCCACAGGUGCGUCGUCGUUUCCCGGAGGAGGGUUUGAUCUGACGGCCGUGAAGACGAGUAGCGUGCCCGCCAGCCGGUUUACGACGGUUUCGGUGAUGAAGACGAUGCCUCCUGGUCUUUCUGAAACAAUUGUAGAAAAGGUAGGAGGAUCAUUUGAAGUGGAAAAUGAUCGACCUGCAAGUUCAAAGUCACUGAAGGAGAAAACUUCAAAAGCUGAAAGGCGUGCCCUGCAAGAGGCUCAACGAGCUGCAAAAGCUGCUGCAAAAGCUGAAGGAAGUAAACUACCUUCUACUUCUGAGGCAGCGAUGUCUGCAAAUGUAAAACCAGCUAAAGCCACAAAGGCUCCUUCACAAAAGAAUGACAGUGCUACAGUUUCAGCUUCUGAGAAGAAGGGAGGUGACCGCCCACCAGAAAAAGAUAGGAAGAAAGAUGUUCCUCAUCCACGCAUGCAAUAUGAUGAUAAGAGCCGAGUGGAAAAGGCAAAAAGGCGUGCAGUGGUAAAACAAACUGAAGCUAGGAACCGAGUUGAAUUGUUUAGGCAUUUGCCUCAAUAUGAACAUGGAACUCAGCUUCCUGAUCUCGAGACAAAGUUUUUCCAACUUGAUCCCGUACAUCCUGCUAUAUACAAGGUUGGAUUACAGUAUUUAUCAGGAGAUAUAUCUGGUGGCAAUGCUCGUUGUAUUGCAAUGCUUGAGGCAUUUCAAGAAGCUAUCAAAGACCACUCAACACCACCUGAAAAAACUCUUAGUAGAGACUUGACUGCAAAAUUAAGUAGUUAUGUUUCAUUUCUUAUUGAGUGCAGGCCUCUUUCAAUCAGCAUGGGUAAUGCAAUUAGGUUUCUAAAGAGUCAUAUUGCUAAGUUACCUUUGACUCUGUCUGAAUCAGAAGCAAAAGCAUCUCUUCAGUCGGACAUUUAUAAUUUCAUAAAUGAGAAAAUCAUACUUGCUGACAAAGUGAUAGUCGACCAUGCUGUUACAAAAAUUAGGGAUGGUGAUGUUCUUCUUACAUAUGGGGCAUCUACUGCAGUUGAAAUGAUUCUAUUACAUGCCCAUGAGCUUGGCAAACAGUUCCGAGUUGUGGUAGUGGACUCUCGCCCAAAGCUUGAGGGGCAACUUUUACUUCGUAGGUUGGUGGGAAAGGGCCUUAGCUGUACGUACAUUCAUAUAACUGCCAUUUCUUACAUCAUGCAUGAAGUUAGUAGAAUAUUUCUGGGUGCUUCAUCAGUAUUGUCUAAUGGAACGGUUUACUCAAGAGUUGGGACAGCAUGUGUUGCAAUGGUUGCUCACGAAUUUCGUGUACCUGUCCUAGUGUGCUGCGAGGCAUAUAAGUUUCAUGAAAGGGUACAGCUUGAUUCAAUAUGCUCGAAUGAACUUGGCAAUCCAGAUGCCAUUUCAAAAGUUCCUGGUAGAGGGGACAUUAACUAUUUGGAUGGUUGCACUAAUAGUGAGAAUCUGCAACUUCUGAAUCUGAUUUAUGAUGCAACGCCUUCAGAUUAUGUUUCACUGAUUAUCACAGAUUAUGGCAUGGUCCCGCUGACCAGUGUGCCGGUCAUUGUGCGAGAAUAUCGGAGAGAACACAUAUGGAUAUAGGUGGCUUGGAUAGCUUCUCCAAAAUUUUGUUUGCUGAGUGGCCAAUAAGUUGGUUUCUUCUCUCUUUUUCCAUCUUUUGGGAACAAUGUUUGUACUCCCCAUCAAAUUUGGGCUCUUAUCUUUUUGACCGGAUUUCACCCGACUCAGUGAAGAGUGCGUUUCCUAUGCCUCUCCGAGCAGAUUUGGUGUUGUGCUCUCUGCUUGUUGUAACAAUUAUUAUUUUCCUGCUGUGGAAUGCAGAAUGCAGACAACAAUUUUGUUGCUAGAUGUUCUCACGUGCUUUAAAUUGAAUUGCUUUUAUUGGAUAUC